UUAGUUUAAAAGAAUAUGAAUACGGCUGAAAUAUUUCUAACCAAAAUAAACCGGGAUUUCGAUCAUAUGCGUGGGGAUUUUCACUCAACUCGAAAGUACUACGAGUAUAUAAUGACGUUCAUGUGAUGUGAUGAAGUAAGAAUGCUGCCGUGCCGUCGUCGAGCUCGUCUAGAAUUUGUAGCUGAAAAAAACAUGCUCGACAAAUUGUCAAACAAAUAUUGAAAAUGCCUGACCAAAAUCUUCCGUGAAUUUUUGGCAUGAACUAAUGAAAAGAAGCUAUCAUCAGAAUGGAGACGAUUCAGAACAACGUAGCCCAGAACCUGAUGGCCAUGUUCCCCAUGCGCCCAGCAGAGCUGAUCCUAGAGUGCGUCACGCACCCCAGAAACUGUUAUGAGCCAGUGGACGAGGGGACCCUUCUCAAUCGCUGCAUGGAUGACCUCCUCUCGAGGGAAGAUGCACCAAACGAUGACGCCCAGGUCGACUCGUUCCAGAAGCCUCUCCAGGAUGAUAUCAUGGAUGAUAUCGUGGAUGACUUCAUGAUCGAUGACAUUCCGGAUGGCGAUCCUGUGGUGUUCGAUGACAAAGAGGUCAUUUUAAAUGCAAUACCAAAUCUCCAAGACCUUGAUGUAGAGCCAGAGCUGCCAGACAUGUCAAGGAAAAACGACAUACCUGUAGUCAUUGAUCUCACUGAUGACACUGACAGUCCCACAACUGAAGGGAAAGAAGAUGUGAUUACCGGUACUGAGCUCAGCUCAACAUAUAAAAGUGUAUCCAGUACGAGAGCUGAAUCUCUUGUUUGUCUAUCAAAGACCACUGUAAACAAUGACAUUGAUGAAACCUAUGCGGAACUUCCAGACGUCCUUGGGUUUUCAGUUCAACCUUGUACCCCAUAUCCAUUGAAAACGAAAUCUCCAAAUGAAGCAGUACCAACUGUUGCCGCAGCAUCCUUUGAUAAUCCUGCACCAUCAACGACCCUUGGAGAAGCAGCAGCAAGAAAGUCCAGUCCUUCUCUCUGGAAUCAAGUAGCCAAUGCCGUCCCUUCAGUAAGUGGUAAUGUGAACCUGAAUGGCAUCAAGGUAUGUGACCUUGAUAGCCCUGGUUUUCAGUCUAAGGCUAAUGCACAAGACCGAAAUGCUACUCCUUGUAGCACAGGGAUGUCUUUCACUUCCAGCCUAUCAACAGCACCUUUUAGUGCUCAUUCAAGACCUCCUGUGGAUACCACUUUUUGUGUAAGAAAAUUCCCUGGACAAGAACUUGGCACACUUUGCCAAACUGCUUCCAAUUCAAGCAUAGGGGUGUGUGCUACAUCAACAGUGUCAGCUGGGGGAAAAUUCAAUUCUCAUUCAAGACCAGUUAUCAUUAAUGGACGUGUAGUCCUAAAGCCUGCAGAGGAACAGAAGGUACCCAAACUUCAGAUUCGUGAAGGACGGAAUGGACACUAUUCUGUGGUAGGAUCUUCAACUCCAAGGGCCUUGACAUUGAGGAAAGAACUGGAAAGGAAGAGAGCAAUUCCAGCAACUCUGAGUAGGGCACCUAGUGAUGAAAUAAAAUCCGGCACCCUGGUCCCGCCCCCAGCGAGCGCUUCACGCGGUUUCCCAAUUAACAAUCCUUACACACCAAAAAUUGAAAUCAAGGAAGAGGUUGUCUUUCCAAAAUGUAUGUUCCAAAACACUGAUGAUAAAGAUGGCCCAAACAAAGCCAGUUUCACAAAAAUUGCAGGAAGUACUGGUAUUCCACUUAAACUUUCAACUCCCAGUGGCACCAAGCUGCAUUUCAAAGCAGCCACUUUAAGCAGAGCCCCUAGUGAUAAUGCUUUGAGACCUGCAACCACAACGCAUCAAGUGAGCUCUAGCACAAACUCAAAGUCUACGAAAAACUUGCAGAUAAGUAGAACCAGCUCUGGGUCUGCAGUCACGCCCAAACAAGGAGAACGGAUUAAACCUGUAAUAUUGAAGAGUGCCUCAAUUCUGGGUAAUGGCCUGUCUCAAGGGAUGAGGGCAGGAGGUGUGCGGUUAAACCUCCCCCAACCCAGCCUUGCGGCCAAAGUAAGCACUUCCCUAAAUAACGGCAUACUCCGCGACCCAAUACUGGUACUAUCAAGCUCUUCAAAUGCAGCACAGGGAAUGAUGAAGCAAAGCAAUUCACAACACCUAGCUGGAAGCUCCAAAACUUUCAUUCCGAUUCUUCCUAAGUGCACAUUUAAUGGAGAUGUUAGACACAACAGUGCCUUUAAUGUCGUGAACCAAAGACCAGUGGUAUCAUGUCCACACACUACAACUCAUUCGCAAGUUCAGAUUCCAAAAGCAGUUGAAAACCAUGGUUUAAAUCAGAGCAAUACAGGAGGUGUAAAGGAAAGACCACCUAUAAGAAUUGAUGUCGGUGCAGGGAACAAUCAUGCUAAACUGACACAAGAGCAUGUGUUUUAUAACCAACAGGUCAAGAGAUUUGUUGACUGCAUGCACAGGGACCCUGCCCCUCCCCUAAAUCCCCUAUUGCCUAUUGAGCCACUUCCUCCUCUUAACCCUCCUGUGCAAGUUCGACCACUGCCAAACCCAGUACAGGUGUAUGACCCAGCUGAACCACUUCCCAAGGUAUCAAUACCAGGGCUGGACCCAGCUCCAAGACCAGCUAUGGUGCCAGAGACGACAGGUGCGACGGCAACUGAUGCAGGUGGGAUGGAAGCUGCUUCUCUUGAACUUGAAAACAUGGUGCAAUUGGUGAUGAAGAUGUUUCCUACUGCCGAUGAAACGGUGGUAAGGGGCAUGCUUAUCGAGCACAGGAAUGUCAAUGCAACAUGCAACUACCUGCUGGAGAAUUUAGAUGUUGCCAAUGCUAACACACCAGCUGCUAACCCAGUACCACCAGUGAUCAAGGAAAAAGAAAAGGAGAUAGAUUACCUCACGUUAGACUAUCGCAAGAGAGGAUUCAUUCAGAAUUACGGUCAGUUCUUCAAUCAAGGCUUGAAUCUACUCACCAAUGAUUUCAUAAAGAUCAGCAAGACCAGCCUGCGUCUUGUGCUGCAGACCGUGUCCCAUGGCUCCUACGCCAAGACUAAGAAGAUCCUAGAGGAUGCUAUCCAGGCAGACCCUAAUAUCCAGCUCAUGAUGCGUGACGACACCAAGGGAUCUUUCUUCCACGUCGAGAAAGAUGGUCGUACGUUUGAGAUGCGACUGAUGAAGAAAGCUCGUAAACCUAUUCCCAUCUGCAACCUUGAACCCAUGCAUCCUGAACUGAAGAAGGAAGUAGUCUUCUACAAGAAACAUCUCAUCGAUGAAACUGCGAAAUCUGAUUUUGAGGUUGCUCUGAGGUUGAAUGAAGAUCAGUAUGAACAGGAGGGUCAGCUGAUCGAGUGCGGUUGCUGCUGUAUGGAAGUGACCUUUGAGAACAUGAUCCAGUGCCUCGAAGGACACCUCUUCUGUCAGACCUGCCUUCAGAGGUACACCAAGGAAGCUGUGUACGGCCAGGGAAAGGCCACUCUGUGCUGUCUGGAGGAUGGCUGUGACAGCGUAUUCCCAAGAAGUCAACUAGAGAAGACACUGACUAAAGAGAUUCUUGUGAAGUAUGAUGAGAGGGUUGUAGAGGAGUCCAUCAACAUGGCUGAUAUGGACAACCUGCUACGCUGUCCUGAAUGUAACUAUGCUGCUGUCCUAGACAAGGAUCAAAAAGUCUUCAAUUGCCCCGAAUGCCACAAGGAAACUUGCCGCAACUGCAAGGAACCUUGGAAGGAUCAUUAUGGUCUGGAAUGUGACCAGGUUAAGAAACAGUCUACAAUGAGACUCUCAUAUCAAGAGAGAAUGACCGUGGCCAAAGUGCGGACGUGCUACAAAUGUGCGACAAAGUUCACCAAGUCCGAAGGCUGCAAUAAGAUGACUUGUCGAUGUGGAGCCAAGAUGUGCUACAUCUGUCGUCAACCGAUCAAAGACUACACUCAUUUUGACAACAGGGCCGCUACCCCUGGUCAAGUAUGGAUGCCAAAACUAGGAGAGAAGUGCAGACUCUGGACCAACUCUAAUGAGGAUGAUGAUAGAGCAGUCAAGGAGAUUGAGAAUGAGAUGAAAGCCGAGGAGAAAGCCAUCAGGGAUAGAACAGCAGCUGACCUGAAGAGACCGAACAUAGCUGGUAUUGACGAGGGAGGCGGCAGUGAUGCCAAGAGACCAAGAACAGGUUGACUACACACACAUCCAGGCAAGACGAAAAGGAUAGGAGUUUGGGUGAUUCUAGUGUUCUACCUCUCGUCAGGAAUGACCUUGUACAAGAAACUGUCAGUGCUAGCUAGAGAGGUUUCAUGGAUGUCAUGUGGAUUUUCUAUGUUGAAUGCAAACUAAAAUUAAUGUUCAGGUCCAUUCAGAGAUACAGCAGUAUGCGGCUCCAAACUCAGAACAGUCUAUCAUGUAGAGGUGUCGUCGUAGCCGAGUGGUUUUAACACUUGACUGGAAAUGCGAGGGACGUGGGUUCAUGCCCCGGAGGGGCAAUAGUGUCCUUUGGCAAGACAUCUGUAUUGGCCACUCUCCACUCAGAUGUCAAAUGUGUAACCGGUAGGGUGCAAACGUUAAUGUGGUUGGAUUGGCAUGUGUGCGCUUGUACAAUGGCGCCUGGCCGGAAUACGCCAUAGGGAGCGGAAUGUGUGCACUAUCAUGUGCGGAUUGGCGAUUUAAUGCAAUGACUGUGGUAAUAAUAAGUACAAUGUAAAGUGCUUAGUAAUAUUGUACUAAGUGUUAUACAAGUGUAGCUGUUAUGUGUUAAGGGGGCUUAAAGAUAAAGGUGGAUUCUGGUUAUAUGAUUGCAUUUUGAAAGAAAAGGUGUGGAAUGGAUGAGAAAAAGUUGAUCAUAUAGCAUGUAAGU